CCAAAUCGAAAUGUUUUCGAUCCGGACAAAUUUUUACCGGAAAAUAUGAAAGGGCGACAUCCCUACUCCUACAUUCCAUUUAGUGCAGGGCCGAGAAACUGUCAAAAAUUCGCAAUGCUAGAGCUUAAGAUGUUUGUAGCAUUUAUAUUGCACAAUUUUGAGUUGGAACCGGUGGAUGAAUUAGAUGACGUUACAUUUUUUGCAGAUCUCACUUUGACCUCGUCUAAACUACUUCGAGUCAAAUUUAUACCUAUUGUAUAGAUAUUUUUUA